UCUAUUGCUUUUGUGUUCUUUUCGAAUUCUGAUUAUGAAACUUUAGGUUGGAAUUUAAAGAUUGUAAAGCUGCUUCUGAAGAUGACUCCACCAAUUCUUUCCCUAGCCCUUCCCUCUCAAACGGGUCGAGUUCUCAGUAUCCAAUCCCACACUGUUCAGGGCUAUGUAGGCAAUAAAUCAGCUGUUUUCCCUCUACAACUACUAGGUUAUGAUGUGGAUCCAAUCAACUCAGUGCAGUUCUCAAACCACACUGGAUAUCCAACCUGUAAGGGGCAAGUUUUGAAUGGACAACAACUGUGGGAUUUAAUAGAAGGCCUUGAAGCAAACAAUUUAUUAUUCUACACUCAUUUAUUAACUGGUUAUAUUGGUUCUGUUUCCUUUUUGACUACUGUGUUAGAAGUUAUCAAUAAGCUUAGGUCUAUCAAUCCAAAGCUUAGUUAUGUUUGUGAUCCAGUUCUGGGUGAUCAAGGAAAGCUUUAUGUCCCUAUGGAAAUGGUAUCUGUGUACCGGGAGAAGGUCGUCCCAGUUGCCUCAAUGCUAACUCCUAACCAAUUUGAAGCGGAGCUUUUGACUGGCUUAAGAAUUGUAUCAGAAGAUGAUGGUCGGGAAGCUUGCAACAUCCUUCAUGCUGCUGGACCAUCAAUGGUUGUGUUAACUAGCAUAAGUAUAAAUGGGAAUUUUCUUCUUAUUGGCAGUCACAGGAAAGAAUUAGAUCAGGAGCCUGAACAAUUCAAGAUUGUGAUACCCAAAAUUCCUGCAUAUUUUACGGGAACCGGAGAUCUAACAACCUCAUUGUUGCUUGGAUGGAGCAAUAAAUAUCCUAACAGCCUUGACAAAGCAGCCGAACUUGCUGUGUCAAGCUUGCAGGCACUUCUACGAAGAACAGUAAGUGACUACGAAAAGGCAGGGUAUGAUCCGAGAACAAGCAGCUUAGAGAUUCGGCUGAUUCAGAGCCAAGAUGACAUUCGAAACCCUCAAGUUAAAUUCAAGGCCGAGAGAUACAAAUAACAGUGAUGUUUAUCUUUAGUAUCAUUGUGAAAAAAGAGAAGGGGAGUGAAUUGCUUUAAGAAUCAUAUUUAAGAAUAAAGACUUUAAAUUUCCUUGACUUAUCUUUAUUUUUAUUACCGUAUUGG